GGAGCCGCAGCCUUAUUUCUCUUUGCGGGGCUUCACACGUGGCGGUGCUCAGGGCUCCUGGCUCUGUGCUUAGGGAUCAUUGCUGGCGGGGCUCCGGGGACCCGGGAUCGAUCCCGGGCCAGCCAAGCAAUCUACCGUCUACCGUACGAUCUACCUGAGAGUCCCCCCAGAUUGGGAUGUGGAGACCGGACUCCACGUGAGAGGACACAGUGGGGAACAGAGAUGCGUGCACUCCCACAGCCUGACUCGGUGACAUGCGGUCACCCCGGGACCAGUCCCCACCUCUCACAACCCCUAGUCGGAGCCUAAGCAGCGUGUGUCUAUUUGGGGGCGUGGUCGGGGCCGUGUGUUCGGAGAUAAACGGCCAAUCGUCGCUCUAGGUCCUGGCCCACGGUCAGUUUGCAGUUUGUUCGAACCCAAAUAGUCCUACGCGAAAGAAGGAUGAGCUUCGAAGUUGGGGCGUGGCCACAUCGAGACCUGGCCAAUCCGCGAGCUGUACAAGCCUAAAGGCGUGAGAGCGGCCAAUCACGGCUGUGAAAGAUGCGCCUUUGUCGGGGACCGUGGUUAGUUUAGAGGGGCGGGGUUUGUCAGGACUGGACUACAGCCAAUCGUGCGGAGGUCCCGAUCCGGACCCCGGGGGGGCGUGGCCCGUGUUAGCUCUGUGGGGGCGGGGCCUGUCGAGCCGCAGCCAAUAGUGCGGUGGUCCCGAUCUGGCCUCCGGGAGGGCGUGGCCGGGCCCGGUUCCGGGUAGCCCAGGGGGCGUGGCCGGGCCUGGAGCGCAGCCGGGGCCAUGUCGGCGCCGCAGCCCUUGCAGAUCCGCGAGGCGAACGCACACCUGGCGGCCGUGCACCGGCGCGCGGCGGAGCUGGAGGCGCGGCUGGACGCUGCGGAGCGCACGGUGCGUUCCCAGGCCGAGCGCCUGGCCCGUCACGACCAGCAGUUGCGCGCUGCCCUGGACGAGCUGGGCCGCGCCAAGGACCGGGAAAGCGCCGCGCUCCGGGCGCAGCUGCGCUCCGCCGAGGCCGCCGUGCGCCAGAGGGACGCGCUGAUCCAGCAGCUGCAGCCGCGGGCCCAGCUGCUGCAGGACCUCUGCCGCCACCGGCCGGCGCUGGCCGGGCUGCUGGCCGCCCUGGCCGACGUGGAGCGACUGGGGCCCCCGCCGCCCGGGCCUCCGGGGCCCCCGCUCCCUGGCGGGCCCAGCCCCCCACUCACCAACAGCACCGGGGAGGAGGAAGAGGACGAGGACGAGCUGGACGGCUUGCCGGCUGCGGUGCUGGGGACCACGGUGUGAACCCCCCCGCUCACGGGCGCCGGCUCCAGGGAGAGGAGGACCCCGCGAAGGCUUUUCUCUGUGCGGGCGCUUCCGAGUCGGGGCAUGGUGGGGUGCCUGUCGCCCAGAGGGACGGCGCGGUGAAGGCAGAAUCCUGUGGGGACACCAGCAUCUGUUUCCAAAAACAUGGCGGCGGACUCUGGGAAGAUGUUUAGCCCAGAUAAUUGGGAGGAAGGGACUCCCAAAACAGUGCUCAGGAAGGGCAAAAGGCAUCUCCAGUGGCGGGGGCUGGAGUGAUAGCAUAGCGGGUAGGGCGUUUGCCUUGCACGCGGCCGACCCGGGUUCGAAUCCCAGCAUCCCAUAUGGUCCCCUGAGCACCGCCAGGAGUGAUUCCUGAGUGUAGAACCAGGAGUGACCCCUGUGCAUCGCCGGGUGUGACCCAAAAAGAAAAAAAAAAAAAAAGGCAUCUCCAGUGGGGCCUGAUCGUUCAGUGUUCAGAACCAGCAAAGCUGGAGCCACCAGGCCACACCCGGUGGAGCAUUGGGGUGCCAAGCGGUGUUGGGAUCACAGCUUGGGACCGUAUAUGCAGGUCUUGCACCCCUGGCUCCUGGAUAUAAUUUUUUGGGGGGGUGGUUGGGGUGUUUGGGCUACCUGGCGAUGCUCAGGGCUUACUCUAGCCUCAGUGCUCGGGCCCUUGCCCUGGAGACCCAGUGGGAAAGCUGGGGGUUGAACCCAGGUUGGCCACGUGCAACGCCAGCGCCCUCCCCACUCUGCAAUGGCUCCAGGCCCUGGGCAGAAAAUUCUUUGUUUGGGGCCACGCCCAGCUGUGCUCAGGGAUCACUCCUGGUGGGGCGCCAGGGACCCUAGUGAGUGCCAGGGACUGAGUCCAGUGCCUUCCCCGCCGGACACUCCCUGACCCCAUCGAAAGUGAUUUUUCACCCUAACUCAGGCUGCCCUUGACCCUGUUCCUGAGUGUCCCACCUCAGUGCCUUGGAGCUGGCCAGUCCCUCUGCCUGGACACUGCCCCGCCCCCAGCUCCCGUGACCCGUGUCACAUGACCAGCUCCUUAUCUGUGCUCAGUCGUCACCUCCCAGGGGCGGAACAGAGGACUCAGGCUCUCUCAGGGCACAUGGCCACUCCAGUGUCCAUCCCCGCACCUCACAGGCUCCCCACUGCCGGGCAGAGAGCCGGGAGCUGACCCCCGAGAACCAUCAGGUGUGGCCCACCAGCCGAGAGCAGCCCUGCCCUCCGGGAGGCCUACCUGACCGACAGUGAGUCCUCUGCCCACCGGCUCUCCUUCUAGAACUUUCUGGCACCCUGGCCGUGCCCGGGCAGCAUCAAGACUUCUUCUGUGUGUCGGGGAUGCCAGUAGGAGCAGGAUUCGGGGUGGUGGUGGUGUGUGGUCUUCAAAGGUGACCCCGGCACACCUGCAGGCCCCCAACCCCCAGGCCAGUCUCCAUGUAGAAGCUGCAGCCUAACCCUUUUUAAAAGAUGCCUCAGAGACUCUAUUUUUGAACCAACCCCCCCCCCCCCCGCACACACACACACACAUGCUGUCCUUUGGCUUAAGAUACUUGGGGGUGUGCUGCUUCUUGUCACGCCCGGGUCCCCCAUGCCAUCCUCUCUGCCUCUGGCCUGCAGGUCCAGCCCAGCCUGGCACCAGAGUGCAGUUUCCUGGGCCCCAACUCAGGGCAGGAAGCGCCCCAGGGCCGGGCCCUUCCCGGGACCCCCAGCCCGCUCACAAUGGCCCCUUUUCUUCUCUGGAUGGGAUGAAGCAAGCCAGGCAGGAGGCUGGAGCCUGUCUGCUCCGGAAUAAACUGGAUUCCCAGCCCUG